GCUUGGUUGGGGACGACAACAAGGAAGGGGUUGGGGAGAGGAGGAUGGAUGGUUGCGAUAGCGGGGGAAAGAGCGCGGAUAAGCUCCCCGGCGGUGAAGAUGAGGGGAGCACCGCUCCCCUUCCGGAAAAGGUCCAAAUUGGCAAUUCACCAACUUAUAGAAUCGAGAGGAAGCUGGGAAAAGGAGGAUUUGGCCAAGUUUAUGUCGGCCGUCGUAUUACAGGAGCCAAUACAGCCGAUAGAAACGGUUCGAUGGCUUUAGAGGUGGCAUUAAAAUUUGAGCACCGAAGCAGCAAAGGAUGUAAUUACGGACCGCCUUAUGAAUGGCAAGUCUACAACACUCUCGGGGGGAUACAUGGGGUUCCGAGGGUCCACUUCAAAGGUCGCCAAGGGGAUUACUAUGUCAUGGUUAUGGAUAUGCUUGGUCCAAGUCUUUGGGAUGUUUGGAAUAAUAAUUCCCACACAAUGUCCGUUGAAAUGGUUGCAUGUAUUGCUAUUGAAGCAAUCUCCAUACUAGAAAAGAUGCAUUCUAAAGGAUAUGUUCAUGGUGAUGUGAAGCCAGAAAACUUCUUACUUGGGCCGCCAGGAACUCCAGAAGAAAAGAAGCUCUUUCUUGUUGAUCUUGGAUUAGCUACCAAGUGGAGGGAUAGUACAACUGGUCUGCACGUCGAGUAUGAUCAGAGACCAGAUGUUUUCAGGGGAACGGUGCGUUAUGCUAGUGUUCAUGCUCAUCUAGGAAGAAUAGGAAGUAGAAGAGAUGAUUUAGAAUCCCUUGCUUAUACACUGAUCUUUCUUCUUCGAGGCCGUCUACCUUGGCAAGGAUAUCAGGGAGAAAAUAAAGGUUUCCUUGUCUGCAAAAAGAAGAUGGCUACAUCACCAGAAUCUCUUUGUUGCUUUUGCCCAUCACCCUUCAGACAGUUUGUUGAGUAUGUGGUCAACUUAAAAUUUGACGAGGAACCUAAUUAUGCGAAGUGCAUAUCUCUUUUUGAUGGCAUAGUAGGUCCAAAUCCAGAUAUCAGGCCAAUAAAUACUGAAGGAGCUCAAAAGCUUAUAUAUCAGGUUGGUCAAAAGAGAGGUCGCUUGAUGAUGGAAGAAGAGGAUGACGAGCAACCAAAGAAGAAGGUUAGGAUGGGAAUGCCUGCAACACAGUGGAUAAGUGUUUACAAUGCCCGGCGACCUAUGAAGCAGAGAUACCACUACAAUGUAGCAGAUUCGAGGCUUGUUCAGCAUAUUGAAAAAGGAAAUGAAGAUGGCUUAUAUAUCAGUUGCAUUUCAUCUUGUUCGAAUCUCUGGGCCCUAAUUAUGGAUGCAGGCACUGGUUUCAAUUCCCAAGCUUAUGAACUCUCACCACAAUUUCUUCACAAAGAAUGGAUUAUGGAUCAAUGGGAGAGAAACUACUAUAUUACUGCACUUGCUGGGGCAAACAAUGGAAGCUCCUUGGUAGUAAUGUCCAAAGGUACACAGUAUGCACAGCAGUCCUAUAAAGUUAGUGACUCCUUUCCUUUCAAAUGGAUAAAUAAAAAAUGGAAAGAGGGUUUCUAUGUCACUGCCAUGGCGACUGCUGGAAGCAGAUGGGGAGUUGUCAUGUCUCGGAAUGCAGGAUUCUCUGAUCAGGUUGUUGAACUUGACUUCUUAUAUCCUAGUGAGGGUAUUCAUAGGAGGUGGGACAAUGGCUAUCGUAUAACAUCAACUGCUGCCACGUGGGACCAGGCCGCAUUCGUUUUGAGUGUACCAAGAAGGAAGCCCACGGAUGAAACUCAAGAGACACUAAGAACAUCUGCUUUUCCUAGCCAGCAUGUGAAGGAGAAGUGGGCAAAGAACCUCUACAUUGCAUCUGUUUGCUAUGGCCGCACAGUCUCAUAAUUUUACGUCAUUAUAUGUGGGGGUUUUUGAAGCUGUCUGAUCAACUUUAAAGUCGUGUUACUCUUGUAGUACGAGCGUGUUGCCCGCAUUAUGCAUCUUCUCUUUGUAUGUUGUGGCCCUUAUUUCAAUCUUAAGUAUUACCAUUUCACUUACCAGCUAAAGCUAACACAUCAUUAGUAUUACUGCCAAGGUUAAAAGAUGCCUCCCAUGAGCUGUCAAAUUUUGAUUGGUCUGUAGGCAUUUUUAAUUAUUAUUAAGCUUGUAUAGUUUAUGUUUCAGUGCCACUGGCAUUCACUUUAUUAGCCAGUUAUUGUCUGACUAUGCUGCAACUGAUAGCAUUUGUGCUCUUCUUCCUUAUGUUUUUUCAUAUCAGAACUUUGGAAUUUUAUUUUGAAGGAUUAAUAAUUGCUUGUUUAGAUUUUGUCUUGUUAGCUGACAAAUAUUUGGUUGCUUGAAUAUUCUUUCUCUAGUAUGAGGCUAGUCCUUAAGCAUAUGUUGUACAUUAUCUUGCUAGGAGUCUAUAUAGGUAUCUUCUUGUAUUUGCCUAUUAAACCUCGAAAUUGAGGUCAAUUCCCUUUUUUUACACAUCCUGAAUUAUUCACAUCUUGUUGAGAAGAUAUUGGGGUAUCAUCUUUUGUAAGGUCAUGUAAUACUGCUACAAUGUAUGAAAUUUCUUCUGUUCCCUGCUACUAUAAUUUAGUAUCUAUUUGGGGGAUAUACUUGCUUUUUUUUUUCUUUUCUGUAUUUUCUCGGGAUUGAUAUCUUAUUAUAAUGACAAUGUCCUCCUGUUAUAUGUGAAAACAUAUCCUUUAUCAAGUAUAUCACUGUAUUGCUUCUGUAUUAACUGAGUUUCAGCCGAUCAGAAUGUCUCCAGUAAAAGAGCCAGCCGCCCAAUUCACUAGGCUCACUAGGCUCUCACAAGUGGGCAGACCUACUACCUGUUUUUGCUAAUCAUAUGUGCUCAAAUCAGAGAGACAACUGGGUGACAACUGAGUCACCUGCUUCAAUCUUUGUUCUCUUUUUCCUUGUGGAUUUCCUUUCUUAUUUUACAGCAGGAAAGGUGUGCUCAUGCCUCCUGGUUCAUCUUCUAAACAGCAAACUAUAUGACAGGUAAGUUUGCAGUCAAAUGCUUGCGAUGAGAUAUGCAUAUCACUGCUGUUUUAUCUUAAAAUCAGAUGUCCAAAUGAUGAAAUCUCUUCAUAGUUCAUUAGAAUUUAUGUAGUUAUCAAUCUGGAUUUGCCACAUCUUUCAGCUUACAUUUACGCAGUCUUUUAUUCCUCAUGAAUAAUCUUUCUUUGGUUGUCUAAUUAUUUAAAUCAUCUUUUGCAAUUUAGCUGUGCACUCUAAUAUACAAAUAUAUCUAACAUGUUUGAUGCCUUAGGUUCCGCCUUGUUGGUACAAAUAUAUCUAACGUGUUUGAUGCCUUAGGUUCCACCUUGUUGGUUGGUUUUCAAAGCUGCAGCUUAAAGCCUCACUUGUAAUUCUAAAUUUCUUUUUAAUUUUAUGUUCGAUUUCUAUGUAUUGGAUUUGCCAGUGGAUGGGAGGUUGGUUGCAGACUCAAAUUCAACCAGACUCAAGUUUGAAAUAUGUGUUUUUGACUUUCACAUGUAUGGGAUUUGUUUGGCCUGGAAACAAUUUUACAAUAACUUACUCUCACUUUUUUCUUCCAAAAAUAAUGAGAGUUUGGAAACAAACCAACAAGACAAACGGAGAAGUCCGUCCACUGAUGUAUUCAAUUGCAUAAUAUUUAGUUACAGAAAACAAAAAUAGAAAUACAAGUGGUAGUAAAUGAUUACUUGUUUUUGUGGUUUCAUGUGGUUACCUUCCAUUACUUAGACAACCUUUCGAAUUGUUGAUGACGUGUGCGAUGCUAGAUUGUCAAAUGUUGCUGCCUCGAUAAAGACUAAAAAGAGCAUUGAUAGGUUGAAGUUGCUCAAUUGACUAAAUUUUUAAUGGAUUGGAUGAAGGCACUUAUAAUUGCUGGAUUUGGAGACUCGAGUAUUCCUCUCGUAAAUCUUACCCUGUAUUUGAGAAGUUCUUCCUUUCUUAGGCUGGCAUCCCAUAUAAUUCUGCAGAUAUUUUGCAAGUUCACACCCACAAAAUUUUCUUGAUCACUUUCACUCUGGUUUGAAGUGUACAGUGUGCUCCAUCUCUCUCCCUGUGAAAGUGCUCAGAAAAUAAAGAUGAUUUCUCUACUGGUGUUGAAUUCUUUUGGUGUUUUAUGCAGUCCUAAAGGAAUGUUUGUUCA